AAAAAAAAAAAAAACAGGGUCUGGGAUAUUCGUCAAUAGUGGGAUGUUUUAUGGAAAGAUGAUGAUACCUUGCAAUAAUUCACACGGCAUGGGAUCAUGGACAAUCAUGCAUUAUCAUUGUCAGAAGGAACUGGAGACUUUCGGGUCUCUCACGUGUGUAGCGUUUACUAGUUUGUUAUUAUUUAUUUAUUUUUUCUUUCAUUCUUUCUGGAAUGCUCAAUUGAUGUCUGGUUAAUGCCUUGUUCCAAUGGAUGGCCCCCUGCCUAGUCUACCUUCUCUACCGCAACGGUAAUACAACAACGUACUCUGCGGUUACAUGCAGACCGUUCGGGAGCGGGCCCGAAUAGGGGAUUA